UGUGUCUGUGUCGCAUAGCAACAACGCAUGACCAUGACCUAAUCUACUAGGCAUUUCCCCAAGCUAUUCUCGGCAAGUCUCAUCCCGCGCCGUCUCGGUUGCUAUUGAUCUCUCACACCUUACUGCAAAGUCAACAUCGUCGAUAGUAGGUAAUUCAUCUACUCAGUUGCGCUCCAAUAAAAUAGCAAGAAUCUCCUUGUCGAUCUCGUUUUUCCUGUUCGUUCGCUUCUUAUUUCUAUCCGAUUUCCAAUUGCUUCAUGUCGCCCAGGGAGACAUCCAAGCGGAUUCAUUCCCCGUCUUCUUUUGUGGAACUCGGUCAGAAUUCCCAAUCAUCAGAUGAAGCUUAUUCAGGAACUUUUGAUCCGAGCAAGCUUAAACUUGGUAUAAACCUAAAUAUAUCCUCUUCAUCUUCUUGUGCCCUUCCUAUAUCCAGUUCUCGUGAAGCUCGAUCGGAUUUUCCCCUCAAUCCCCAACUCCGCGAGAUGGAACCCCGCAUUGUGAUACCAAUCGACAAGAAAUGGGAAUUCAAACAGGCCGACAAGGAGGGUAGCAAGUACCUUCCCGUCGGUCAAUUUCCAACUAAUGUUCACUUGGACUUGCUUUCCCAUAAUCUCAUUCCGGACCCUUAUAUCGGCAAGAAUGAGCUUGACGUUCAAUGGAUUGGCGAAGCGGUCUGGGUUUACCGGACUAGCUUCCCUUCCCCUGUAACCAAGAGCUCUGCAAAAGCAAUUCUAGCCUUUGAUGGCUUAGAUACUUUUGCGACUGUGGUACUCAAUGGAAAAACGAUUCUCGAGACUGAUAAUAUGUUCAUUCCUGAACGUGUCGAUGUUACAGCCGAUCUGAAGGGUGACGGGGAAAACGAACUGGUCAUCACUUUUGAUAGCGCCUACCUGCGAGGAUGGAAGCUAGUUGAGAAGUACCCUGACCAUAAAUGGGGUUGCUGGAACGGCGACAACUCUAGAUUGGCUGUUCGGAAAACACAGUAUCACUGGGGCUGGGAUUGGGGUCCAGCAUUGUUGACUUGUGGUCCUUGGAGACCGAUCAACCUUGAGAUCUAUGAGUCGCGGAUAUCCGAUCUCUGGUUCGAUAUCGAUGUCGACAAGUCGCUAAAAACCGCUACAAUAACUACCCAUGCUCCGGUAGAAGGCGAAGCUACGAAGGUUCAAUUCGAUAUUUCUUUGAAUGGCACGACGGUUGCUAGUCGGGGAGUACUUCCUGGCACAAGCGCCACCUUUACCAUUUCUGACCCAGAACUAUGGUAUCCAGUUCGAUAUGGCGAACAACCCCUAUACACAAUAUCGGCUACUUUAGAGGACCAUGGUAAAAUUCUAGACACAAUUUCCAAGAAAGCUGGCCUACGGAAAGCGGAGCUUGUCCAGAGGCCUCUAAAAGGGGAGCCUGGUACAUCUUUCUUCUUUGAGGUUAACGGCAUCCCUAUCUUUUGCGGCGGCAGCGAUUGGAUUCCAGCAGAUAACUUUAUUCCAAGGAUUAGUAAGGAGAGAUAUUAUGAUUGGGUCAAGUUAGUCGCAGACGGAAACCAAUUCAUGAUUCGGGUAUGGGGAGGGGGUAUAUAUGAAGAGCAGGCCUUUUAUGACGCGUGUGACGAACUUGGUAUCUUGGUAUGGCAAGACUUCAUGUUCGGCUGCGGGAAUUACCCCGCCUGGCCAGGCCUCUUAGCCUCAAUCAAACGUGAGGCAGAAGAGAAUGUCAAGUUGCUAAGACAUCACCCGAGUAUCGUAAUUUUCGCUGGCAACAAUGAGGACUACCAAUAUGCCGAGAGCGUCAGCCUUACUUGGGAUCAGGAUAACAAGGAUGCUGAAAGCUGGCUAAAGACUGAUUUUCCGGCACGAUAUAUCUACGAGAAGAUCCUCCCCGAUGCCUGUCAGAAACUCGCGCCAUCCAUCUACUACCACCCUGGAAGUCCCUGGGGUGGUGUUGAUACGCGUGAUCCAACUGUAGGCGACAUCCACCAGUGGAAUGUAUGGCAUGGCUCACAGGAAAAGUAUCAAAAUUUCGAUAAGCUGGUGGGGCGCUUUGUAUCUGAAUUUGGCAUGGAAGCAUUUCCUUCAGUUAAAACUAUCGAUGCUUACCUUCCACUCGGCAAGGAUGACCCAGACCGUUAUCCCCAAUCUUCUACUGUGGAUUUCCACAACAAGGCAGAUGGGCAUGAGCGGCGUAUUGCUUUAUACUUAGUCGAGAAUAUGCGGUAUGCGCCGGACCCGCUUGAACAGUUUGUCUACUGCACGCAGUUGAUGCAGGCCGAAUGUUUAGCCUCCGCAUACCGGCUCUGGAAACGGCAAUGGAAGGGACCAGGGCGGGAAUAUUGUGCUGGUGCGCUGGUUUGGCAGAUCAACGACUGCUGGCCGGUCACUAGUUGGGCUAUCUGCGACUAUUACCUGCGUCCCAAACACGCCUAUUUUACCGUCAAGCGCGAAAUGGCACCCUUGUCCGUGGGAAUGACACGGCGCGAACACCAACAUCCGCGCAAUAAAUACACGCGUGUAGACAUCGACACAACGGUACAGAUCGAGAUAUGGGGCAGCAAUCUGACACUCGAAGACCUAACAGUAGACUGCUUGGUGAAGGCGUGGGACGUCGAGACUGGUCUCGAAACAUACAGCGAGACCAUCAACAAGGAACCCAUCGUCCUGCCUAAAAACCAAUCGACAGAAAUCGCCGCUUUUGACGUCCCGGUUCCGAAGAAGGAUGACGGCAUUCAUGCUAACCGCACCGUGGUCGCGACGUACCUGAUAAACCCUACAGACGGCUCUCAGCUCGCCCGCUACGUCAAUUGGCCGGAGCCUUUGAAAUACCUACACCUGCAGAAGCCAAAGCAGCUAAGCGCUAAGCUGACCAGCGACUAUGCUGUAGUGGAAGUUUCGGCUGAGGUCCCCGUUAAGGGCGUCGCGCUCGAGUGUGAGGAUGACGCAGUCAAGUUUGAGGAUAACUUGGUGGAUAUUGUGCCUGGUGAGGUGGUGAAGAUCAAAGUGCGUGGUGCGAAGGAGGGGACUGUUAUUGAGACUCGAUAUCUGGGUAUGAUUUAGAUUUGCGUCUACUUGCUUCUCAUGGCGAAGGGAUGUAUAAUCUAAUCUACGAUAGAGGUUACAACUAACUACCAAGGUAUAUACAAGUGAGCCUCAGUUUAGAGGAAAUGCAUAUAGACCGAACUAGACGGCUAGUUUUACUUGAACGCUGUUGUGGUCCAGUUGGUUCCCGUUACUAGGUUAGCUUUCUCUUUACCAGAAUCGUAAGGUCGUGAGAUUACCCCCCUUAUUAACCCAAAUCAUAAAAUACCGGGCUGAACCCCAUCGUAUGUUCGAUCACCUCCGGAUAACCACAUACUACCUACCCCGGUAAGGCUAGGUAUAUAUGUACGCGUUGGAGACCAUGCAACCGCGUGCACGAUCGAUCCUAUAGGAGUCCACCCGCGCUCUGUCGACGUCGUAUUCAGCCGGGAAGACGCGGCAUGCUUCGCGGGGAAAGAAGGGGUUCCGGUGGGAGAUGCCUACUACUUACCUAGUUAACUUAUAUAAUAGUAGGCAAGGCUUUCCUAGGUUGUGAGGCUUUGUCUUU